AUGAAUAGAAGUGGCAGCACGAGAACAUCCUCCUCCUUGUUGACGAGUCAAGUGCGUGGAUAUGCGUUUUGGAGUAACAACAAGAACGAAAGUCCUUCUUCUUCUUCUUCUUCGGCAACGAAUGAGCUCGAAGACGGCACGAGUAGUAAUAGUAGUGGCGAUGAAGGAGGAGACUCUGUGUCAUCAAUAGUAACAGAUCUUAGCAGCAAUACUACUCUUCCUCCAGGAACAGAACUUGUCGGCGAAGUCGCGCAAAUAGCGGGGGAGUCGUGGUACACCACCGCCGGUUUGAUGUACGUCAUGGAAUACUUUCAUCUCGUGAGUGGAUUAGAGUGGUACCAAGCGAUUGCCGCUGCGACUGUAGUUAUGAGAACAUUAACACUACCAUUUACCGUGAUGCAAAUGCGAAAUACGGCGCGGAUGCAGUUGGCGCGACCGGAAAUGGAGCGACUUCAAGAACGCGCGAAGCAAACGCAAGCGCAAAACGACCCCGAGGCGGCGCAGAGACAUUUGAGCGAGGUGACGGCUAUAUGGAAAAAAUACGAGUGUCAUCCGGUGAAAUCGUUAGCACCUUUGUUAGUUUCAGCACCGUUGUUCGUGUCCUUCUACUUUGCCAUCUCGAGAAUGGCGGACGGGAUUGGAUCCUUCAAAGACGGGGGUGCGUUUUGGUUCACCGAUUUAUCCGCCGCGGAUCCAACCAUGAUGAUGCCUCUGUUGACGUCCGCUUUAUUUUUAGCCUCGGUCGAGUUAGGUGCCGUAGAAGGUAUGAACAACAAUCAACAAGGCCUGACCAUGAAGUGGGCACUCCGAGGAUUAGCCUUAGCUUUAGUGCCGAUGACGUGGAACUUUACUCAAGGCGUGUUUUGUUACUGGAUCACGAGCAACUCGUAUUCGCUCUUCCAGGCGACUUUGUUCAAGUCUACGAUGAUGAAAAGAUUAGCCGGCAUUCCAGAUACCUCUCACUUGGCGAACCUAGAUUCCAACUUGUUGAACCAAAAAGUCAACUUGGAUAAAAUUCACGAAAAGUGGGGCGAGAAGCCGACGUUACAUUCGCAGCGACCGCCGAAAAAGAUUAAAGCGGGGAAGCGAACAUAUUCAUCCUCGGGACAACAAGAACGACACGAAGAACACGUCGCGGUAAAAUACUUACCGUCAAAUGCACUUUUUAAGGAGAGAGGAGAUAUGUUUUGA